CUUAAAUCUAAUUUUAAUUAUGUUUUAGGGCAAACCCUCUAAGAUCUUAACCCUUCUAUUUAUACAUCAAAAUAACUAGAUUUUAUUAGCAAUGAAAAAGAGAGGGUUUGGAAUGGGCAAAUACAAUGGAUUUGGAGGUAAAGUGGAAAAGAACGGAGAAUCAAUUUAUUAAGCAGCAAUAAGGGAAACUUAGGAGGAAGGUUGUAUUACUCCUACAGAUGCACAGUUUAUUGGAUAUAUCAAGAUGGAUUACGACUGUGAGAAAGAAACACUCAAAGUGCAUAUCUUCAAGGCCACUCAAUUCGAUGGAGAAGUUAAGGAGACUGAAGAAAUGAAACCACAAUGGUUUGAUGUUGCAAAAAUACCUUACAAUUAAAUGUGGAUUGAUGAUUAAUAUUGGAUUCCAUAUUUGCUUGAGAACAAAUGUUUUUCUGGUUACUUGCAAUUUGAAGGACAUGAGAAAUUAAUCUUAGCAGACUUAAAAGAAGUUACAAAUUAAGAGUUAAUGAGUAUUUCAGAGAAGGAAUCCGAAUUCAGAUUGUAAUGAUCAAUUAUAUUUCGUCAUUAAUUAAAAAAUGUAUUAUCAAAGUUCUUGUGUUUACAUACAGAAAAAUGCAUAAAUUAAAUUAUUAAAUGAAGAAAACACUUACAAGAUAUUUAGUUGAAAUACCAACACAUGAAUAUUAAGAUAAAAAGGUCUAUUAUGUUAUCAAAGUAACAAAUUUGGAGACUGAUGAUUGCAAAGAAGUGAAAAAACGUUACUCUGAAUUAGAAUCCAUUCACUAUAAAAUUUUGGAUUGGAUAAGCAUAUUCAAAAUUAAAAUCCCUUAGUUAUAAUUUCCAAAAAAAAAACUUCUUUUCAGCACUAAUCUAUCAGAAGAGAGUGUAAUUAAGCGAGUAUCUUAAUUUAUUAUGCUAGAGAGCUGAAUUAUAAUAAUAUUUUAAUGAUGUUAUUUAACAUCCUGAAUUGCAAAGCUUAGGGUCCAUUGAAGAGUUUAUACCUGUUACUAAAAACCGAAAACUUCCUGAUCAGAAUUAAAUGAUACAAGCUUCCAAUAAUUAAUGGUCAGAAAUAGAAGCAUUAAAAAAGUCUUACUUGGCAAAACAUGAGAAUCAAGUAUUUUCAUUGCCUUUACAAAAACCAUAAUAAUAAAUUAAGUAUAUUUCAUUUAUAUAUUCAAAUUAGAUAGCAAUACACUUUUAAGUUUGGAGAGCAUGCUUUCUAUGAUAAUUCUGCUAUUUAUACCAUCGAAAUUACUGAUCAUUAUGCUAAUAAGAGCUGGAAAUUUAAUUAAAGAUAUCAAGACUUGAAGGAAAAUCAUAGAUAAUUAAAAAAAAUCAAAAUUACCUUUGAAUUACCAGAGUUUCCUCAAAAAAAAGUGAUAAAUUCCAUGGAUAAUAGUGAUUUAAAAGACAGAAAAACAUAAUUAGAAGUGUACCUCAACUCUAUCUUUAAGUACACCUACCAAUUUAAAUAUUUAGAUAUCAUGAAUUAGUUUCCAGUAAUCUUAUGGUCUUCUUCAUUGCCAAAAGCCAAUUAGAUGGCAAUGAAAUAGGAUGUAGAUCCAAAGGGCCUUCAUAAACAACCCUAGAAAAUUCAAGUAUAAAAAGCCAAUCAAAUAUCUUGGAUUAAAAUGAUGACUUUGAUCCCAAACAACCGAGAAAAAUUACCUGUUGA